AUGUCUGCUGAAGAAGUUGCCGCUCAAGAGCCCGUAGUCGAGAACAACAACGCCGAGAAGGUCGAGGAAGUGAAAGAAGUGAAAGAAGACAAAGUGGAAGAGAAAGUAGAAAACGGUAAAGAAGCUAAGGAAGCCGAAAAGACUGAGAAGGAAGAAGAAAAGAAGGAAGAAGAGGAAGAAAAGAAAGAAGAGGAGGAAGAAGAAGAGAAGGACGAAAACGAAAAGACCGAGGAAUCUGAGAAUGGAGCUGCCAAGGAAAACGGAAAAAUAACUGUAAGUCGCUUCUGCUGAUUUAUAACGUUUAGCCAUUGUCUUUGGGAAAAAUUUGUAAUAAGCGAGAAAAAUGGGGCCACUGAUUUUAAAUUUAGGGCGGGGUAGCUUUCAUGAUGGCUAAAAAUAUUCGGUGUGAUUUAGUCAUAAUAACUGUUGAAAUAUGGUUUUAUUUUCAGAAGAGAACUUCCGACGUUCACGAAGUCGAAGAAGAGCCAGUAGCCAAGAAAGUCAAAUCGGACGCUGACUCUACCGAAGCUGCCGAACCUGUCGCGGCUGCCGAAUAG